AUGGACGCCAAGCUGAUGGUGGCCACGGACCCUGGCGAUGUCAAGAAGUUGAAGGAUGUCCUCAACAAGGAGGAUGCUGUGGCGAUGGUCGUCGUGACGGCGAGGAGCAAGAAGCCUUCCGAGGAGGACCGACUCCUUGCUGGUAACAUCAAUCCCCUGCUGCUAAUGUCGGCGCGUAUGGGCUCAUGGGAGGCGCUGAAUAAUCUUCUCGAUAGCGAAGACGCAAAAAAGCCACCAAUGAUGAUUCCUACUCAAGAAUUUCUUGAAUUUCUAGCGGGAGUUGGCAGGGCCCACGGAAGAGUUGCUGCUCGUGAUGUGGAAGAGGGCGGCGACCACCAGCCUGCUGCUUCGCUUGCAGAUGGAGCACUCCUCAAGGGCGUCACUCCUGAUGGGGAUACGGCACUACAUGCCGUGGCCAGCAAUGGAGAUGGGCAGGAUUUCUUGAAGUAUGCCGGCAUCAUCUAUGAUCGGGACAGGGGCCUCCUGUUUGCGAAGAAUCACAAGGGUGACACACCCUUGCAUUAUGCUGCUCGAGCUGGGAGAUCCGAAAUGGUUUCUCAUCUCAUUGAUCUAGCUGAAAGUGAGGGUCCCGACACGAAGCUCAGGCUCUUGAGGAUGGAAAAUGAGCUUCACGAGACAGCCCUGCACGAGGCUGUUCGGGUUGAAGACGGUAGAAUUCUGGAUCAGAAGCACAGACGCGCAUUUGUUAAUGCCGCUGAUCCCGCCGGAGAAGAAAAGAACAAAGAUGAUGCUGACGGCGCACCAGCAGAAGAGAAAAAUAUAGUUAAGCUGCUGAUUGGUGCUGAUCCUGAAUUGGCUAAUUAUCCUGCAGUUGGCAUUUCACCCUUGUACCUAGCCAUCAUGCUGGAGAAGAGUACAAUUGCACUGACCCUAUAUGAUAUGAGUGGUGGCAAUCUCUCAUAUUCCGGAGCACAUGGACGAAAUGCCUUGCAUCUUGCUAUUCUUCGAGACACAGUGAUGGUAGAGCUUCUAGUGCAGUGGAACAAAAGCCUUACUACACAAGUGGACAAAGAUAGGAGUACGCCGCUUCACUUUGCUUCAUCACUCUUACUUUCUACUGACUCGUAUCUGCGUUUUGAGCUCCUCCACAGACCCCCUUGGUGUCGUUUUGUAUGGAUUAACAGGGGAUCCAACAAGACACUCGAUACAGUAUUCAAAGCGAACCCUGCAGCACUAUAUCAAGCAGACAAGGAUGGAUAUUUUCCAAUACAUUUGGCUGCCUCUAUGAGUGCCAAAGAUGUCAUACAGUUUUUCCAUAAAGAGUAUCCAGAUAGCGUCAGAUUGCGUGACGCUAAAGGAAAAACAUUCCUUCAUGUUGCUGUCAAGAAGAGAAGACUGAGCAUAGUCUCCUAUGUAUGUCGAACACCAUCUUUAGCUUGGAUUAUAAAUAUGCAAGACAAUGAUGGAAAUACUGCACUGCACUUAGCUAGUCAGACUCAGAAUUUCAGGAUGUUCUGUGCUCUAUUUGGGAAUCUGGAGGUGAAUUUGAAUCUAAUAAAUAACCGCGGGAAAACCCCUCUUGAUGUAUCUAGAAGUAAGAUUCCACACAGAAUGACUUAUACACAGAACUUAGAGAAUAAAAUAUACUACACAUUGCAAUCAGUUGGGGCGUACCACAGUGCCCUUCCCUGGGACAAGACUGAGGAAACGUACAGUCAGCAUGAAAAGCCAGAAGACGAGGACAAAGAAUCAGGGAGGCUGAAAGAUGCAGCGCAAGCGCUUAUCGUUGCUUCAGUUCUAAUAGCAACCGUGGCAUUCAGUGCAACAUUUACUCUUCCUGGAGGUUAUAGAGCCGAUGAUCAUACAAAUGGAGGCGUGCCAACACUUGCUGGAAAUUAUGUUUUUGACGUGUUCGUGAUGGCCACCACAUUAGCUUUCAUCUCCUCCUCAAUAGCUACUGUUGGCUUUGCGUUUGCGGCAAAUCCCAUGGUUAACAUGAUAAGCCGCAAAGACACCUUUGUCUUAUCCAUGCUUUCCAUGUUGAGUUCAGUCACAUCUAUGUCUAUAGCUUUUGCACUUGGGGUGUAUAUGGUGCUAGCUCCGGUUGCUCAUAAUACUGCCAUUGCGGUUUGUGUUAUCACUCCUGCCAUAUUGCUAAGUGCAAAUAUGAAUGCUAUUUCAAAAAUGAUUAGUCUUGCACGGCCGUUAUGUAUUAGGAAAGGGCUAUUCCUAGGAACGGUACAAGUACUUAAGUCGUACAUGCUCAGAGUGGUCUUUGUGCUCUGGCCAUUCAUGGUUACCUUUGGUUGGGCCGCGUUGGCAAGGAUCCACCAGAACACCUAA